AUGGAAAAGUACCCAAUUGUAAUAUUGGUUCAACAAAAAUCGAAGCCAGUAAUAGAAUUUGGAUCUGUACAAUUUAGGUGGAAAGAAUUAUACAUUGAUUACUUAAAGACGAUAGAUUUGAACCAAGUAUUACCUUCAGCUGUUAAAACUACAGAAAAAUAUAUAGUUUUCAAUAAUAUGACAUCGCAGCAAAUUGCUUCUUUUAAGGUAACUGUAAAAUUAAGUAUUAUAAAAAAUCUAAGUUCAGUUAAUUGCACGUUUACAUUCAAGGGCUCGAAAUCAAGAAAUAAAAUGAAUAAAUCAAGGAAAUUACCAACGGCAAAUAAAAAUCUGUUGACCGAACACAAAAUAAAUAAUGAUAUACAUAAAGAAGAUUCAUUGUUAUUAGCAAAAUCUCAGGAAACAUUCUUAAAAGAUAAAGUAUUAUCUGACAGCAAAGAUAUACCUACGAAAAAAAAUAUAUUAAAUAGCGUAGUUAAAAGUGCAACAGAAUUGAACAACAACGAACACGUACGCGUAAUGAGAUCAAAAUCUUGCUCAACAAUAGAAACUUCAAAGCGUUUUAAUAUUUUAAAUUAUAUUUUUGGUGAUGGUAUUGGACCAUAUGGUAAUAAAGUUUAUUGCGUGGGAUAUUUUACAGUUGAAACAGAUAAAAUAACAAAUAAAACAUCAGAUAGUCAACCCAAUGAGGGACAAAAUUCAGAAAAGUCAAAUGAAAGUAGGUUUAAUUAUAGAUUAUCUGACGUUCAAUGUUCUAAUAGAGAUCAUGUAAGUGAUACUAAAAGCUUGCCAAACGUUGGCUCUUUUUUCUUACCAGCUGAAAUGGCGGAUAUGGUAAACGUCACCCAAUGUAAACGAGUUGAGUGUAACAAUAGAGAUCAUCGGGGUAUAUCGACAUCGGGUGAACGUCAAGUAUUGCUUAACUUAGACAAUUUGAAUAAGGAAUGCUGUAAUAAAACAGGAAAAGUUGAAGAAGUGUUAGGGGGUGUUACAGCUAGGAUGAAAUUUGGAAAAGACCCGUGUUUUUGUACAUGUGAGUGUACAUUUGGGUUUACAAAGAAAACAACUUAUUGUGGUGUUUGUGGUGGCUAUGAAAAAAUUGGCGAAGACUUAGCUCGCAAGCCAAAGACUGAACUGCCUUUUCCUUGUCCAAUUUUCCACAAAAUUUUAGAUAAACGCAAAUUAAAGUCAUGCAGUACAUCUGGCAGUGAUAAUAUAAAAGAGAGUAAAAAAAGAGAGUAUAAUAUAGAUAGUAAAAAAAAGAGCGAAUCAAUUGAUUUAAAAAGUAUAAAAGCAGUUUCAAAAUCUGGAACUCCAUCUGACAGACGAUCAAAUGUAGAGAAAAAAGGCGUUGGAUCCGAAAAAGAAAGAAAAAAAUCUACAAAAAGAAGAACAGACAGUAAAUUCAAAUUUAAUUAUGGUUACAAAGCUCCUCAAAUUGGGCAUAGUCAAUGUGCGAUGCCAUGCUCUGGAAAAUUGGUUCCAGUACCAAAGCGUAUGGGUUGGCUGUGGACCGCUGACAACGUGCUAGGCGUGAAGCAUAAUCCUCAGUGGAAGCCUGGAGCUAUCCACAAAUUUGUGCACAGGUUAUUAAAAAUAGCUAAGAAUCCCGGAGAAGUGGUAGCUAAAAAGAAAAGAAAGGACAUUGGUAAGAAAAAGCGCCCCUUAAAAAGGCCAUUGUUAGUAGUACACAAGAAGAAUGGAGAAUAUACCGUUACUAUGGAAACAAUGAAGAAUUACUCAAAACGUAGACAACUUAACCAGCAUCCAUACGAUGAUAAACCAGUUAUGACUUACACUAUUGGAAGAACAGAAGAAGAAAAUCGUGCCCGACAAAAAAAGAAAGAACGCGAACAAAGACGCCUUGAGAGAGCCCAGCGUCUUUAUCUUCAAAGUGCAUUUCAAGACAUGUGUCAUGAAAUUUGUCUUAAGACUUAUCAACAGGCAUUAGGUAUUCUACCAGAUGCCGAGGAUCCCCAAUGCCCUUGUUACCUAGCAGAACUUCGUCCUGACAAAAUAAAUACGAACGUUUCUUGUUCAUGUUCAGAGGAGGCAUCUUCUUUUGACUCUGAUACAGAUUCAGAUGAAUGGAUUGUCGAGUUUACACCACCAAAUGCUACUUUUAUUCCUACUUUUAAAAGUAAGAAAAUCGCGACAGUCGAUAAUUCGUCACAGUAUACCUAUUUAGAUUUCAGAGUGAAGUUAUUUGAUAGACACGGCAAUCCUGUACCUAGAUUCUUUAAAGGGCCUGAUGGAAAACAGCAAUGUAGUGAUUUAGGUGGAUUUUGGAGUCCUGAUCACAAAUGGUUAGAAAUAAACGUGGAUGGAUAUAUUGCCCCCGAUGGCCGUUGGGCUCCAAAUUCUUUUAGAGGACCAAAUGGAGAAACAGUUGAUACCGAAACAGGAAAAUUCCAAGCUAAUAACGACAAAUGGCUUGUAGUUGGAGUGGAUGGGUUCGUAGAUGGAAAAGGAAGAUGGCAUUUUUACCCCAAGCCCAGAAGCAUUAUGACUCAUAAAAAACAACAGGCAAGUGAAGAAAGAAAAAUUGGCACACAAAAUAAAAAAGAAACCAACUUUUACAAAACUUUAUCCACAUGGAGCUGCUUUGGUGAUGCUACUCCUAAACAAUUGUCUACAAUGGGCAUUGUUGGACAUGGAACUGAUCGAAAGUUAUUGGCACAAAAGUUACAGGAUAUAGUUGCACAUGAUAAAACAGCUAACACUCCGGUUAUCAAUACCAAUUUUCGGUAUUCAAAAAAACGUAAAAACCUUAGGGCUAAGAGUCCGGUGACAUCAACAAAUUGGGGCAUGGAAUACUUCCGGGCGAAGUGCAGUCAUCCAGUACCAUCAGAUAAAGGUAUAGAAGCAGUUGACAUACAUGGUAACAAAACAUAUUUUCGUCUUAAAGAGUACAGGAACAAAAGACCUAAACAAAGAAUGGCUAAUUUAUUAAAACAGGGUAUAAGUUUGAGUUCUUUUCAUGUACCUUGUUUACACUCCUUUAUAAGUUCUGAAAUUAUGAGAAAGCAACAGCGAGAGAGACUUAAAAUGCUUGCGGCAAGACAUGGUGAUUCCAAAGAUUAA